AUGAAUUUUGAGAUAUUAAUAAUACGCAUUUCAAUACAUAAUAGAGUGUAUAACUAAUGUUUACAUUAGUUAUACAUAUAGUUAAAAGACAUACCAAACAAAGUACUACUAAUACAUAUUAAAUUAAUGUAUAUAUUAACUAUCCAAUACCCUCUACCAAACGACCCUUAAGUUCUCCCCCAGCUCUGAUAAAUAUACAACAAGGACAUGUCAUUUUAGCACAAAAAUCUAAAACCAUAGCAACCAAAUAGACCAAAUCCAUUUUUUCUCAUCUCUUUCCUAUAAAAAUCCUCCAUUUUUAUCAUUUCUCCAAAUCCACCAUGAAAUCACAACUACUAUCUUAAAAAAACCACCUCAUUUUAUGCUCUGUUUGGUUCUAAAUCUUCAAAAAAAUGGUUUCACUUGAAGAUAACCAUACUCACUCACAUAGUCACAACAGUAUCAUCAACACUGCUUCUUCCAAUUCCCAUUUCACCCAAACACGCCCUUAUUACUACACUCCACCACCUUCCUCCGUCAAAAUCAACCGUUCAAUGGGCCGUUCAAUGCGUACCAUCCGAUCAACUAUCUUCAGUGCCACCAAUUCCUCCGGCGAUUGCUCCAACUCCGGCACGAUUUCCGAGAAUCUAACGGAUUCUGUUAUCGAUAUUCAUCUUAAAGAACUAGCAACGAAGAUUCCUAAAUCCGAUAAUGAAGGAGGAAGCAACAGUAGCGCCAACAGUUUUCUAGAUCUUUCGCAAGCUUACAGCGACUUCUCUGCUUUUAGCAGUGAUAUAUCCGGGGAGUUACAGCGUCUUGCUGGGAUUCCGCAGAAUCCUGACGGUACUACUCACGAACCGGAACCGGAACCCGAGCCGUGUUGCGGGUUUUUGGAAAGAGAGAAGUUUUCAACUGAGAUAAUCGAGAGUAUUUCGCCGGAGGAUUUACAACCGACGGUGAAAUUAUGUGUUGACAGCUUGAAAUCUUCGUCUACAGCUGUGAAAAGAUCAGCGGCAGCGAAGUUGAGGAUGUUAGCGAAGAAUAGAGCUGAUAAUCGAGCGAUGAUAGGAGAAUCUGGAGCUAUUCCGAUGCUAAUACCGUUAUUACGUUGUACAGAUCCAUGGACACAAGAGCAUGCUGUUACAGCAUUGUUGAAUUUGUCACUGCACGAGCCGAAUAAGGCGUUGAUUGCUUCGUAUGGAGGUGUGAAGUCGCUGAUUUAUGUGUUGAAGACCGGGACAGAUACGUCGAAGCAGAAUGCUGCUUGUGGGUUGUUGAGUUUAGCAUUGGUUGAUGAGUACAAAUUGUCAAUUGGUGCUUGUGGGGGUAUACCUCCAUUGGUUUGUUUGCUUGUAAACGGAACGAAUAGAGGGAAAAAAGACGCAUUGACGACGCUUUAUAAGUUGUGUUCAGUGAGAUUGAAUAAGGAAAGGGCGAUUAGUGCUGGUGUAGUGAAGCCAUUAGUGGGGUUAGUUGGUGAACAAGGGAAUGGAUUAGCGGAAAAGGCGAUGGUGGUGUUGAGUAUAUUGGCAGGGAUUGAUAUAGGGAAAGAUGUGAUUGUUGAAGAGGGUGGAAUUGCUGCACUUGUUGAAGCAGUUGAAGAUAGUUCUGAUAAAGGAAAAGAAUUUGCUGUGUUGACAUUGUUGCAACUUUGUGUUGAUAGUGUUAGAAAUAGAGGGCUUCUUGUUAGGGAAGGUGGAAUUCCUCCUCUUGUUGCCUUGUCUCAGAAUGGUACUGCUAAAGCUAAGCACAAGGCAGAAACACUACUUGGAUACUUGAGAGAACCAAGACAAGAAGCUUCAAGUUCAACUCCUUGAGUGAAAAUUGUAGUUUUAGAUUGGUAUUUCUACUGUAAUGGUUUUGUUUCUGUAUAUAGGAAGAAGUGUUUUGAAGAGUUUGUACAGUGUGUUUAGUAAUGUGGGAGUAAUGGCUGAUGGAUCAGAUGAUAAUAAAUUAAAAAAAACAAAAAAAGUAAUUAUAUUAGUAGCUAGUGAGGAAAAUCUGACCAUAUUUUAGACUAGGUAUUUAGAGGAGGGGCUCAUCAUUGUCCCUCUUGAAUUAUUAACUGGUGCUGGUUUUUUUUGGGAGCAGAUGGUUGUUUGCCUAGAUUUCUUUUUCUUUUUGGUUUGGUGAGAAUUUGGGUUAUUAUCCUCUAGUUUUGUUUGUGAGGUCCAAGUUCUUGUAGAAGGAUUAUUAGUGUGUAGUAUGCUAGAAGUUGUUUUUACCCUCUUCUUGGAUAUGAAUAUAUGCUAGUGUAUGGAACAACAUAUUUUAGUUUCU